AAAAAAACUCACGCUACAGCUUUCAAAUUUAAAAUAAUUUCAAAUUUACAAAAAAUAAAAACUGUAUUUAAAUUAAUACACUUGUGAUAAUUUAUCUUAUAAUUAAUUAAUUAAUUAAUUAAUAAACUUUUAAAAUUAAUACUUAAACGUUUCUUGCGUGAGAAUGGCCUGCAGUAAGGAUCACAGUGACGAUGAUUUUGAAAAAUUGCCUCCGGAUGCCGAUGAUAAAAAAAAAGCUUCUAAUGAUGACGAUGAUAUAGAAAAGGAUUUUGAAGUAAUAACUCGUACAGAAGCUAGAAAGGUGAAAAAACUCUGUCCCGAACACGAUUUUGAGGUGAUUGAUAUUAAGAAAGAAUUCCCUGCUGCUAAUGUACAAUCUGCCGCUGGGGCUAGUGGCAAGGAAAAAAAUCGCGCCGAAAGUCAGACUGCAAAUGUUAAAAAACCGCCUGGCAAACCGGAUUGCAAACUGUAUGCUGAAUUCCGCAAAAGACUGACACUCCGUCAGAAGCAAGUCUUAGAUGAGACGACACAACAUCAUUCAGGCGGUGCUCAGCGCCUGUCCGAAGUUGAGAAACUAAUGAAGAAUCGCAGGAAGCAAGUCAAACAGGGCUCUUCAGGCUCUUCGGCAAAUGAAAAUGCAAAUAAAACAGAAAAAUUAGAGAAAAAACAGGACGGUGCAUCGGCAUAUGAUGAUGACGAUGAUAUCGAAAAAGAAUGGGAGAUGAUAGAAUUAACGUAUAAUGGUUUGAUAAAAGAUAUCGCAAAAAAAUGUCACAAGGAUAACGUUGGCGCUUCUGAUGCUGCUGCAGCUGCUGCUUCUGCUGCUGACGACCUUGAAGUCGAUCAGGAAUAUGAGAUGCUAAACGUAAUUAAAACAGCACAACAACAACAACACACCAUCUCAACAACAACAAACUCGCAACUUAUCAUUG